AUGGAUGUCUCGAAUCUCCUUACCGGUAACAAGCCUGGCCCUCCGGCCAGUGAUGCUGAAGCCCGUCAUCAGGCCUCGCGGCAGGCGUUCGCUGGGCACAAUGGGGCCGUAGUGGGCCAUGAUACCAUGGCGGGCAUGAUGUCUCAGGCAGGCCCUCCGGGUGCCAGUGGACCAAACCCUGGAUACGCCAUGUCGCCCAAUGGUCGGCCAUGCAAGCAGGUCUCUUUCGAACUGCGCUACGAUGACCCUACGAGGCGUAGCCGUAUCCCAAUGCGUGUCAACAUCUAUCCACACGACACCACUGACUCUAUUGUCACCACGGUCAAGAACUUCCACGGUCUCUACGGUCGUCGAGGUGUCAUUUUUGAGGACAGUAACGGUAGCAUCCUCAUCGCCCGGUACGAGAACUUUGACAACGGUAUGACCGUCUUCGUUCGAGCAGCCCCUGGAGAACCAGAGGUCGUGAGCGAAUAUGCUCAGACACAGCAUUCGAUGUCUCCCAGGAAGCCUCGCCUAGGUGCGCCUUUCGAGAUGCUGCCUCCGCAGCUGCAGCUUCAGCCUGGAUCCAGGCCAGCUUCUCGCACCGCUGGGAAGAGAAGCAUAUCUCCUCAGUCAAGUCGCAGUCACCGUAGCGGCUCGGCUAUUACCAACGCAAAGAUACGGUCGCGACCAGGAUUGAAGACUCGAGGGAACAACUCCUUCGACAGUGUCACCGAUGUGAAGAUCGAGGGUGCAGAUGACUACAGCGAUAGCGAUGGUGGCAAUGCUUCGGUGACAAGCUCUCGCCGUUCAAAGAAUGAAGUCGUUGCAAGCGCAGAUAUUGAUGUCAAGAACAUUGUCGAAGGUGGCAGGCGAAAGAGGGCCAAGUUCGAUAGCUCGGAGCUUCCUCUUUUUGUGCCUCCUCAGGUUCCAAUCACCACCUCUACCUCCUCAGUGUCCCCUCAGCGACGGAUCGGAAGCCACAAUGGAGCCUCUCCUUACUCCCACUCGAACCAACACACUUUCUCCUAUACGCAGCCUCUGCCAUCUCCACAGAGCUACGGGUAUGCAGACAUGUCCCACAUGUCGGGUGGUCAGAUGAGUACGCCGUUUCCCCAACCUCAGGGCGGCCGCGUGCGCACACGUGGCUCAGUACAGUAUGUACCUACGCGACAUUGUGGUAGCGGCACCUCUGGCAUUCUGCCAACCCCAGACCCGACUAUUGGCGGUAGCGUCAUCUCCGACGAGGAUGUCGCUCUGCAGCUGAUGCGUCUGGGAGAUGCGUCCAACUUCUCUACUCACGGUCGCACUUCCACCUCGACUGUGGACGAUGCCUUGAGUGGGAAAGCCGAGCUCGCUUCCUCAGAUGAGGAUAGCGAGGACGGCAGCGACGCAGAGGGCAAUGACCUCCCUACCCUUCCAGCUCAUGCUAACACCCACGGACACGCGCACCCAGCUAGCUUUGACAGCGGGGAGACCAGCGCAGACGACUACGACGACAACAAGGACGGCUCCUUCGAAGGCGACAGCGAUGAGCUGAUGCCCGACGAGCACGGCAUCCUGCGGCCAUCCGGCAAGUCCAAGUCCUCUACCAAGGGCCGCUCCACCUCUAUCUCCAAGCCAUCGAUCUUCAAGCCCGGAAAACCACGCCCCUCGUCCUCGCUCUCUAAGCACCACAAGAGCAAGUCUACUUCGAGCAAGCAACCGAUCUCGCCCACCUCCCUCCCGCCGCAGUCGCGCAAGACAUCGAGCGCAUCGCUCAACUUCCAGCACCAGCUUGGUGUUGACGAGGAAGAUAUGUCUGCGAAGCCGCGCUGCCAGCGCUGCAGGAAGAGCAAGAAGGGAUGUGAUAGGCAGCGUCCGUGCCAGCGGUGCAAGGAUGCGGGGAUUGGGAUCGAGGGCUGUGUCAGCGAGGACGAGGGCAACGGGAGGAAGGGACGGUAUGGGCGCCAUAUGGGCGUGCCGGUUAAGAAGGGAGAUCCUGGGUGGAUGGGAGACGCGGCGGUGGAUGGGAUAGUGGCGGCGACGAUGGGGUAUAUGCCGCCGCCGCCGCUUGUGGGGGACAAGAGCAAGAAGAGGAAGCGGUAG